AUGUCUCCGGGCAAACGAAUCCUCAAUUCGGGCUUCCCGAUCCCCCAGCUGGGAUUUGGCACCUGGCAAUCAGCUCCUGGUGAAGUUGGUACGGCCGUUUAUGAAGCGCUCAAGGCAGGAUAUCGCCACCUGGAUCUGGCGUUGAUGUAUGUUCCUGGAUUUCUUUCCCCUGGCCUUGCUGGCUCGAGCUCAAAGUUUUCUCCUUCUGGGUCGAUCACUAAUCUUCAUGCCAUCAUAAGUUACCGCAAUCAGAAAGAGAUCGCAAAUGGGAUCCAAAAGGCAUAUAAAGAUAUUCCCGGACUCAAGCGAGAGGAUCUUUUUAUUACCUCGAAACUUUGGAACAGCCAGCACCACCCUGAAGAUGUUGCAGCCGCACUCGACAUUUGUCUUGAGCAAAUCGGCACCGAAUAUUUGGACCUUUAUCUGGUCCAUUGGCCCGUUGCCUUCCAACGAGGCGAUUUGUUACUACCUGUCGCGUCUUCUAGCAGCUCCGAUCGGGGGGAUGUGCUGAUUGAUGAUAGUAUUUCCAUGGUGGACACUUGGAAAGCUAUGACCGAGCUCCCGAAACAAAAGGUCCGCUCCGUUGGCGUUGCCAAUCACAAUGUUCACCAGCUGGAGAAUAUUAUCAAGGGAUCCGGCGUUACCCCGUCAGUCAAUCAGAUUGAGCGCCAUCCUCACUUACGAAGCGACGAUCUGAUCGACUACUGUGCCGAGCAUGGCAUCCACGUCACCGCGUAUUCUCCUCUUGGAAAUAACGUUAUCGGGGAUCCUCUUGUCAUCAAUCACCCUGUCGUGAAGGAAGUUGCCGAGUCUGCUUCCAAACGCCUAGGUCAGACAGUCACUGGUGCGAAUGUUGUCAUUGCCUGGGCUCAAGUUGGUGGCCAUAGUGUCAUUCCGAAAUCCGUGAAACCAUCGCGCAUUCUGGACAAUUUCAAAGAAAUUGUUUUGACGGAGGAAGAAAUUCAGGCAGUCGAUGCUAUUGGGAAAGAUAGAAAGCGAUACAAUAUUCCCUUUUGUUACUACAAACCUCGCUGGGACGUCAACAUCUUUGACGAGGCCGUAGAGAAGAUUGCCACCUCUCGUGCCUUCUAG